AUGGAUCUCGAUGCCGAGUUGGAACUUCUUCUGCUUCGUUUGCGCCAGGUGCUGACACAGCGAAAGGCCGAUGAGUAUGGUAAAGUGGAUCCAGCUACCGGACAGAAAAACUAUGUAAAUCCGUGGGAAGAGCGGAUCGACAUCGAAAAAGACUUGCCUCCCGAUGUUCGGAAAAAGCCAAGCGGAAGGAAGUUCCGGCCAUACACGGGCCCGGUGUACAAGCAGGUUCCCGUCGUCGAAGGUUUGGAGUUUCCGUUGGACCCAAAUCUCUACUACCCACCACUAGAGCCGCCACCUCCGGGGGCGAAGUGGGGUGAUGGACGUUCCCCGGAUGGAAACUGGUACAUGGAUGUUGAGGACGAGAAAGUUCAGUACUGGCAGGGCGUGGGCAAGAGAAAGACGGCUUGCGCCAUUGUGCGAAUCGUUAAGGGCAACGGGCAGUUCAUUGUCAAUGGCAAAGAUGCCAUUACGUACUUCAACCACUACCCGUACUGGUGGCUGAAGGCUUGCGAGCCAUUGGCUGCACUGUCCCAGAAAAACAAGUUUGACAUCAUUGCCAAAAGCUUCGGAGGAGGUGUUAGUGGGCAGGCUGGUGCAAUCCGCUUGGCUCUUGCACGCGCCAUGCAGGACUACAACUUCAAUUGGAGGCCGCUGAUGAAGAAGGCAAAGUACCUGACGCGCGAUUACCGUAUGGUCGAGCCCAAGAAGCCAGGCCAACCAAAGGCCCGCAGGAAGACGCCUUUCCACAAGCGCUGA